AUGAAACGCGAAUGGAUUUUUCUCACAUUUUUGAUUGUAGCAUUCGCCUGCGAUCAAGACUGUCAAAGUAAAUGCACAAAACAAAACAAAGGCAAAAGCUGCUAUGACUCGUGCCAGUGCGAAUCUCCGCUGCCUCCACCAUUAGAAGAGUUUGUUGCCAAAGGCAACCAAUAUUCUCUACCUAAAAUUAAGCAAGACGAAAAGUUAUGGGCCGAACGUGAGCUUGGCUGUGAUGUCACUUCGCUUGAGAUUUGUCUCCAACUUGCACAAAAAGGAGAAGACAAAUAUCAGUGCGCAGUAUAUUCCGGCUGUGAAGACCUCCUUGUUGAGCAAAAGAAAGGACAAAUUAUAGAGGUCACCACAACUAGUGCAGAAUGCACUAAAAGCUGUAACUUGCUAUGCAUUGGGAUCGAAAGUGGCGAACUGUGCAAGAAUAAUUGCCAAGAGCACUUUUGUACAGGAAAAGAAAACACAAAUGAGGAUGGUUUUGGCUUAAGCAUAACCAUUCAGCUUAUACUGAUUUUUGCUUUGGGAGUUACACUAUUGCUCACAAUCAGAAAGCAAAUUAUCCGCAGAGCUGAAAAGAGGCGGUGGGAUGAACCGUUGCUUGCCAGCUACGAACAAAAUCGUUUUUCAAUUUAA